AUGCAUUUCACCACGCUCUCCCUCAUCUUUUCCGCCGUUCCUUUGGCGCUGGCUCAAUACGGCGAUUCCGGCAGCAGCACCACCACUUCCGCCGCCGCCGCCGCAUCGCAGACAUCCUCCUCGGGACCACUCCACGUUGUCAAAGUAUCAAACGCCAAUGGAGACCUGACAUUCACCCCCAACGACAUCCAAGCUGCCGUCGGCGACCAAGUCGAGUUCCACUUCUACGGCCCCAAGCACUCCGUCGCGCAAUCCAGCUUUGCCAAGCCAUGCGCCCCAGUGAACUCGAGCGCCUUCUUCAGCGGUCCCAUCACCACCUCUGGCACUACUGCCAAUACCGAGAUCUUCACCUUAAACGUCACCUCCACCGCUGCGAUCUGGUUCUACUGCAGCGUUGCUAGCCAUUGCGCGAGCGGCAUGUCAGGUGUUAUCAAUGCACCAUCUGAUGGUUCGAAAACCCUCGCGAUGUAUCAGUCUAGUGCCAAGACCGCAACCAGCACCAUCCCGAGCACCGUCCAGGGCCUUAUCCAGGGAACACUCAGCUCAAGCACCACUUCAUCAGCGACUUCUAGUGGCGCCAGCCCGUCCGCGACAAAGAGUGCUGGUGUUGAGGCGAGAGGAGGCGUAAAGUGGACUGUUGUUGCUAUCACUGGUGUUGUGGCAGCUGCCUUCGGCUCCUUGAUUGUUUGA